AUGAAAUCAAAAUUAGAUAAUAAACUUGGUGAAAUGAGUAGAAAAAGAAUAUUAUCAAAGUGUUAUAAUGAAAGAAAAGAGUGUUUAAAUAAUUGUGGCUUAAAAUGGAUUAACAAGGAAAAUAAUGUAGACAAAAAUAUGAUAAAUGUUAGUGAGCUUUUUACAUGGUUGCUGGAACAAGUAGAUCAUUGGAAAGUUAUGGAGUCAUUAAAUGAUAUUCAGGCAAAAAUUAAAUCACAUGAUGUUACAAUUAUUGGUUUUUUUUAUGAUGAAAAUUCAAGUGGUGCAAAGAUCUUCAAAGAGGUAGCAAAUAAUUAUAAAGAAUAUCUUUGUGGUUUGAGUAAAAAUGAUCAUGAUUUUGAUGAAUUUAUUGAUGGAAUAAAAAAUUCAGCUGAACAGUUUAGAGGCAAAAUGAUGUUUGUUAUAUUUGAUGUUGAUAAUGAUGAUGAAAUGAAUUUUUUAUCAAGCUCACUUGGCAUAGAAAGAGACCAAUUACCUUCAAUUAUAUUUGAUGGUAUUUUUGGUGAGGAGAGACUAUUGCACAAACCAGAAAAUCCAUUUGUUACUGUUGAAAAUAUUACGAAAUUCAUUGAACAGUUUUAUGAUGAUGGAAUAAUAAAAUUAAUUUUAGAACAAGAUUUGCCACAGGAUUGGAAUGAACAAAUGGUUAAAAUUGUUGCAGGUGAUAAUUUUUCUAAAGUUGUACUUGACACAAGUAAACAUGUGCUUGUUUUAUUUUAUCAACCUGAUAGACAUCUUGAACUUGAAAUGAUUAUGAAUGAGCUUGCUGAUGAGUUUAGAAAUUAUGAUGAUAUUGGCUUUGCUAAAUUAAAUCUCCAGGCAAAUAAUCUUGAAGUUGCAACAUCACCAACUGAUGCUGAUAUUUCGUUGUACAAAAAAGAAACAAACGAGGCGAUCGAGGAAUAUCUGCAGGGAAAAACUAAUGGAAAUUUUGAAACGCUUGGCACAAAUAGAUUUUACUAA